AUAAAAAGGAACAAUGCUGUUAGGCACGUCGUAAUUUCAAAAUUGCCUUAACAAGUCCCGGAGGUGAGUCCUUUUUCUGCUAUUGAUGCUAAACAUUCGAGGUUUAACCUGGUAAAAUAGUAAUGCUCGUUUCCGCAAGCCUUUGGAAAUUCAAUUGUCAUCAGCAUGGCAUGCCAAAACAAUCAUAAGUUGAAGACGAGGGGAAAACAAAUAAGUGCUCGCUCAGCAGAAUUCCUUUUUGUCAUUCCAGAUUGCAGCAGAUGAGCAAUGUGAAGCACAGUACGAAAUUAUCUCACAUAAAUAAGCUUCAAUUUCGUACUCUUUUUUUUGCAGGCAACAAGCUGAUUCAUUUGCUGUGGUACACAGAAGAAUCGCAUGCGCCUUGUUCAAUUCUGCCAGGAGAAUCCUCCAUUUGAAGUGGAAACAGAAAGAGAUUUUCCAGAAUGGCGGUUGGAGCUUUCCUUGGCGGUCUGGACUAUGCCGUCGCAACCGACCAACCAUACGACGCCGCUUCCUCUUGCCAGCAGCAACUCACCAUGGACAGCCAUGACCUGAGUGGUCCACUGUUCUUGACCCAGCCAACAACCACUGGAGCAAGCACAUAUCUGCAUGCUGCAGUCACCAGCCCUGGGUUGUGCAAUGUCAACAGCAGCCUACAGACUGCCGCAGGGGGUAGCCCUGAGCACCGCCCGAUCAGAUCUAAUGAUGCUCUUCACUACAUAAGCCAGAUGCUGAUGGAGGACGUUGAUGAGACAACGUUUGGUGCGUGCCAAGGGGAGGAUGCUCUUCAGGCCGCCGAGAAGCCAUUCCGUGACAUCCUUGGGCCGGUAUACCCGCCAUCUACUAACUGGCCACAAUUGCAUAGCAACAACGAAACAGGUAACUCUGAUAAGAGUUGGACCAGCCGUUACAAGAGGCUCUGGAGCACUAGCUUUGGUAAUGACUAUUCCAGUUACAGCAUGUUACAGCCCAUAACAAACCCAUCGACUCUUUCUCUACAAAAACGUUCGUUGAUAAGUGUUGGACCGACUUCUAGAUCUGGUUUCCCCGCCUUGCAUCAUCAAAGAGGUGUUGAGGAGGCAAUGAUGGUUGCUCCAAGUAUUGAUAAGCUGGUGAUAUAUUUAGAGAAUGACAUACUUUUUGUUUCCAAACUGACUACAAAGGCAAAAGUAGGAGAGAGGAGCGAAAACACAACCUUUGAGGUGGCAGACCCAAGGGACUGGGAUAUCUUGGAAGGAAGGAGCAAUAAACAUCUUGCCUUCACCACUUGUGCAAUAAUUCGAAAUGAUAAUUUUGACCAAGUUCUGCUAUGCUAUGGCCAGAAGAGUUUCGAAAAAAUAACAAGACUGCGAAGAGGGAUGGUAGAGGAAGGAAACAAGAACUCACUCAAAAGCCGGAGCAAAGGACGUCAGAAGCUAUGGCAGAGGAAGCAACCAAGGAGAGAGUUGGUUGAUCUCAAGACUCUCCUCAUCAAUUGCGCACAAGCUGUGGCAGAAGACAACCAUCUGUUGGCCAGCAAACUCCUAAAGAAGAUAAGGGAACACUCCUCAGCAGAUGGUGAUUGUACUCAGAGACUGGCAUUUUACUUGGUGGAUGGCCUCGAGGCACGCUUGGCUGGGAUUGGGGGUCAGGUUUAUUGCAACCUCAUGGAGAGGCAAACAAGUACAACAGAUUGGUUUGAUGCUUACAGCCUUUUUCUUGCAUCCUGCCCUUUUGACAGGACGUCAUACUACUUUGCCAACCAAGCUAUUCUUGACAUCUCACAACGAAAACCAAGGGUGCACAUUGUUGAUUUCGGCAUCGGCUUCGGCUUUCAGUGGCCAUUAAUGAUUCAGAAGUUUGCACUGCAAGAAGAGGGAGCCCCUAAGCUUCGGAUCACAGGUAUAGAUGUUCCCCAGCCAGGUUUCCGCCCCUGCGAAAUGAUUGAGGAGACAGGGAAGCGGUUGGCUGAUUAUGCAAACAUGUUCAAGGUACCUUUUCAGUAUCAGGGCAUUGCCGCUUCAAGAUGGGAGACCAUUAAAAUUGAGGAUCUUAACAUUGAUGAGGGUGAAGUUCUCAUUAUCAACUGCAUGUUCCGGAUGAAGAAUCUUGGUCAUGAAACCGAAGCCAUAAAUAGCACAAGGGAUAAGGUGCUCAAAACUAUGAGGAGGAUGAACCCAAAGAUUUUUAUUUCUGGCACCGUGAAUGGGUUACGCAGUUCUCCCUUCUUCAUACAACGUUUCAAAGAGGUUAUGAUCCAUUACUCUUCAAUGUUUGACAUGCUUGAUGCAAAUGUUGUUCCACGGGACAAUAAAGCAAGAAAGACGAUUGAGAGGAUGAUAUUUGGGCGAGAUGCACUUAACAUCAUAGCAUGUGAGGGCGCAGAAAGAACUGAGAGGCCAGAAAGUUACAGGCAGUGGCACACAAGGUGCCUCAAGGCCGGGUUCCAGCAGCUUCCUGUCGAUCCAGACGUCUUAAGGAUAAUAGUACACAUGAAGAACAAGUUUUGGCAUGAAGAAUUCUUUGCUGUUGAAGAUAGUGGUUGGCUGUUGCAAGGAUGGAAAGGGAGAGUACUUUAUGCCAUAUCUAAAUGGCAACCUAAUGAAUCAUAUGAUGAUCAGUAAGAUUUGAAUAGUUUUUCAAGUGCGCAAAAAUGCAGUAAGAUUUGAAUAGUUUUUCAAGUGCGCAAAAAUGCAUAGGCAACUUCCCGGCUUUAUCUACUUAAAUGAUUCUCAACACAAUGGAUCUAAAAUGCUGAACACUGUAAGAUAUUCUUUCAUCAGAUGACACUGGGAAAUAUCUUGGAAGGAGAUGGUAUGGGGAUUCGAAUGUUGAUAUUCAACAUGUUUUGAUUUGGUCUGACUUCGCAAUAUACAUGACCAUAUGUAGGAAAUAACUAGAAGGCAACUGUAAUAUAGUACUUUUCUUCUGUGUUGGUUUUAAUUUCUGAACACACUGUUCUAGGAAGUUGCUCUAUAAGUGAAUUUGGUGUUCUUGUAAACGAAUAUUAAUUAUGUGUACUUGGUUAUUGUUUUGAUCCAUUUAUUGGGCCUAUUAGACAAGAGAUUAGUGGAAAUACCAUACCUAGACACUGGUUUUACUGUAGGAUUAUUGCACUGCCUACCUCUCAAAAUUGGCAACAUGGAAAGUCAGAGAAAAUGUCAUUUCUGGUUUGAAGACAGCAAUGGUACUUAAUCUAAACAAGGUUCCUACAAAGAAUCCAAUAGAAUGAACUAGUACCCGCAUAUUAUGUAAGAUUGGUCAGCUGUGCAGCUAUAUAAGUGCAAGACAAAUCAUACCAAACUAAUUCUCUCACAAACCCCUGAAGUGAUGUUCACCCAUGUUAGUUCCACUACCUCCAUUCCUAAAUAUAAGACGUCUUAUAUUUAGGAAUGGAGGUAGUAGCUGCUAAGCUACAUGAUGUUUCAUGUACCAGAGCUUCUCAGUUCACACAGUACAGAGUCUUAACAUCAACGGCACGGAAAUGUCAUGUUUUAAAUAGAACGUUCAAAUAGAGAAGCGAACAACAUAAAUUUGCAAGUGAAAAAUACAUAAAUAUCUGGGAAAUGAGAUUCAAGUUGGUUAUAUUGUUAAAUCUGGUAACCUUGUGAGGAUUAUACUAACCAACUGUUUUGUACGACUAUAAAUACGCAAUACGGAUAACCCUGAAUGUUGUAUGGACUAGCUAAUGAAUUAGCUUGAAAGUAGAUCAAGUAGCCCCCAGAACAUUAUGGCAACAUAACCCCUGAAGGACAAGGAUGUCCUACCUUUAUUUACCAAACAAACUAUCUGCAAACACUAAGUCCAUACGUCCAUAUUAGGACCGAUCAACCAGGUAACAGAACGACCAUAAACAUUUUAUGCAGAAUCCAUUGACCACAAAGAAAAGAGAAAAACAAAAAAAAAUCACUAUGGAGUAAUAGUGCAUAUAAUAAAAUGUUGCAUUCCCUCAAUUAAUAAACGGAACACUAACCUGACCCAGUACAAAUUCCAUACCGCCUAAAUUAAAAAACCGUCCCCACUUCAUUGGCCAGAAUGACCUUGUCUUCUUAGAAGCGAGUAGCAAUCUGUGCAAAAA